GGCCCGGGCGCGGCCUAUCACAUGUUUGCGAUGAUGGAGGAUCUGCUGGAGAAGCUGAAGCUGCUGAACUACGAGGAGGAGGCGCUGCGGCGCCACCACCUGCGGCCCCUGUCCAGGCACUACUUUGCAUUGCCCACUAAUCCCGGCGAGCAGUUCUACAUGUUUUGCACUCUUGCUGCUUGGCUGAUUACUAAAGCAGGACAUCCCUUUGAACAGCCGCAAGAAUAUGAUGACCCCAACGCAACAAUAUCAAACAUACUCUCAGAGUUGCGAUCAUUUGGGAGGUCCGUGGAUUUUCCUCCUUCAAAGUUAAAGGCAGGUUAUGGAGAGCAAGCAUGUUAUGUUCUUGAUUGUUUAGCUGAAGAAGCCUUGAAACAUACUGACUUUAGCUGGAAAAGACCAGCAUACCCAACAGAGGAGCUAGAAGAAGAAGCAAUAACAGAAGAUGAUGCAGAAUUGACACUUAAUAAACUGGAGGAAGAAAUUGAGGAAGAAGAGACAGACAAUGAAGAGAACUUUAUUGAUCUGAAUGUUCUAAAGGCACAAACCUAUAGAUCAGAUAUGAAUGAAUCCACAAAACAAGAAGAGAUUUUAGAGUCCACAACAGAUGCAGCAGAGUGGAACCUGGAAGUGGAACGUGUUCUUCCACAACUGAAAGUUACAAUCAGAACUGACAAUAAGGAUUGGAGAAUCCACGUAGAUCAAAUGCAUCAGCACAAAGAUGGAAUCGAAUCUGCUUUAAAAGAGACUAGGGGUUACCUUGACAAACUUCAUAAUGAAAUCAGUAGGACCCUCGAAAAGGUCAACAGUCGGGAGAAGUACCUCAACAAUCAGUUGGAGCAUUUGGUUCAGGAAUAUCGUACAGCACAAGCCCAGCUGAGUGAGGCCAAAGAGAAAUACCAGCAGGGAAGUGGAGGAGUAACGGAAAGGACUAGAACUCUUUCUGAGAUUACUGAAGUGUUAGAAAAAGUAAAGCAGGAAAUGGAAGAGAAGGGAAGCAGUAUGACCGAUGGAGCUCCUUUAGUAAAAAUUAAGCAGGCCUUAACCAAACUGAAGCAGGAAACAGUUCAGAUGGACAUAAGGAUUGGUGUAGUGGAACACACGUUACUCCAGUCGAAGCUGAAGGAGAAAUCAAAUAUGACUAGAGAUAUGCAUGCAACUAUGAUUCCUGAAACUACAAUAGGUGCCUAUUAAAGUUGCUUGGAAUUUACUUGUACUUCAGACAAAUUUUUUUAUAACUUGUUUUUUUACAAUAUGCUUGUCAUGCAUUUUAGGGUGCUGCAGAUGUGUACAUAGCACUUUAGGCUCUAUAAAUGGAGCCCUGCUGAAUUUUGUGACUUAAAGGCUUUCAAACUUAUUGCAAGUCUUUUAUAAAUACAUUAAUAAAUUCUCAUUAACUAACUUGUCUCUUCUACUGCACUGUAGUAUGUUAAGUAGUAUAAAAGUCUAUUGACACAGCCUAUAAUCUUCAAGCCUUGAUUAGAUAUUCUGUGGUGAAAGAAAAUUACUUGUGGAAGGCUUGAAAGGAAUUUAAAAUGUCUGCUAUUUAUUCUCAUUUACAUAUGAUUAACAUUAGUAUUUAAUUGCUGACAUUGGAAUAAUACAGUGCUACCCUUUCUAGAGACCUGGGUCAAAUCUGAUUCUGGCUGCAAGUGAAAGUAAGUUGUUUGGUCCCCUCCCAGCCCCUAUUUGAAUUUUAUGUAUAGAACAAAAUAACCUUCCUGUUUGGCACAAUUGGGGGUGAUUGAUAGACUCUUCUGAGGAGGUUUUGAUGAGAUUAGCAGGGCUGUUGUAAGUCAAAAUCUCAGUACUUUGCAAGGCAGCUGUUAGUGUCAUGACUCCAUCAGGACCUACAUGUCCCUCACUUUAAUAAGCAUGGCAGCAUCGUCUACUGGCAAGCGCACCUGAAAAAUGCAUAAGACCUUGCUUCUAUUCCCGGCUCUGCCAUUGAUUUGCUGUGUGAGACCUUGCAUUGUUCAUGUAACUUCUCUAUGCAUCAGUAAAAUUUAUAAGAUUGUGACAAUAGUUAAAACUCCUUACAGUUGCGGUUGAGAUCUGUGGAUGAAAAGUGCUAACGUUUGUUUAAUUCAAAAAAAUAUAUUGCUGAUAUUUCUGUGAGACUAUGAAUCUGUGUGUAGUCAGUCACAAUUUGGGGGAAUUCUAAAUUUGAUGUGCUUUCC